GCGUGUGUUGCCCGCCUGCAGCUGCAGGACCUGCAUUGUUACUGCAGAGCUGCUGCACAAACCAGGUUGUCUGUCUCUCUCUGUGUGUGUGUGUGUGCUGCAUAGUUUUAAAAAAGAAAAAUGCCAUCCACCCGCUCCAAGACACUGGCAGCCCAGCCUCCAUCUACCAGGAUGAGUCUGAGGAGCUUCCGCAAUGUCCCUCUGGUUCCCAUGGAGACCUCCUCCUCUUCUUCAUCUGAUGACAGCUGUGAUAGCUUUGGCUCUGAUGGAGGCUUUGCAAAUACGAGGAGCAUCUUAAGAUCCAGUAGGAGGAUGGCAGAGAAACCAAAGAUGUUCAAGGCUUCAUCAUCAGAGGAGGAUACAUGCAGCGGGUUUGAGGAGAGUGGGAUCAACAGCCAGAUGAAAGCCAUGAAAGUAGACUCUGAACCUCCGAGACGUGGCCGCAGGUCCAACGUCCUGAAGGUUGCAAUGACUUUCCCCACCAAGAAGACGGGCAAGAAGAGGCCUUUAUCCGAACCGCUCCCUCAAACUAAAGUAAAGGACUCCGACUCGGAGGAAGAAGAGAACUUCAUGAGCAAGAGAGCCCUGAAUAUUAAGGAGAACAAAGAAAUGCUGGCAAAGCUCAUGGCAGAGCUGAACAAAGUACCCGGACUCUUCCCCAGACGGAUGGCGCUGUCUGCAUCCACUACGCCUCGACAGGCACCUCGGCGGUCCAUGGGACCUCCAGGAGUUCGUAGGAGAAACCCAGAGCGUCUGUCUCGACCCCACACGCGGUCCCGCACACUGGUGGACGGACCCCCCAGCCCGACUCCAGAGGAAGAGCCUGAGGACAAGUUCAGCCUGGUUCGCCAAAGCCGCUACUUCGAGGAAUAUGAUGAGCCACCCCGUCGCCGUACCUUUAAUGGUACCAAGACCAUCCCUCAUGUUGUGAGGCCUGUGGAUGACAUCACAGAGUCAGAGCUGCAGAACAUCUGCCACAACGUGCGGGAGAAAGUUUACAACAGCUCCACUGGAUCCACUUGCCACCAGUGCCGCCAGAAAACAAUCGACACCAAAACCAACUGCCGUAACCCAGAGUGCGUCGGGGUGAGGGGUCAGUUCUGCGGCCCAUGUCUCCGUAACCGCUACGGAGAGGAGGUCCAAGAUGCUCUGCUGAAUCCGGAGUGGGAGUGCCCGGCAUGCAGAGGGAUCUGCAACUGCAGCUUCUGUCGGGCCCGAGACGGUCGCUGUGCUACAGGAGUGUUGGUGUACCUGGCUAAAUAUCAUGGAUAUGAUAAUGUGCAUGCCUACCUGAAAAGCUUGAAAAAAGAGCUGGCAGAAAGCAGCGAGUGAGGAGUUGAUCCUGGACCUGACUGACAUGCUCUGUGUGUACACACAGUCCAAAUAUUGUUCAUGGUGUUCCAAGCAUUACAACACAAUGCUUACUGAUGUUCUCAUUUGUGAAAUUUCACAUACUUUUUGAGCGUUGACUGACAUCUGGAGGAGGCAUAUGCAGCCCGUUCUCUCCAGCCUAAAGCUUGUUUUGUUUUUGUUUUCCUGUCUGUUCUGAAGAGCUGAGCCUUUUUACAUUAAGACUGGUUGAUUGUAAACUAAAGUGGACCAAACACAACAUUUUAGGGAAAUGUCUGAACCUUAAAUUGUUGACUUCCAAACAUUCCUCUUAAAUGUUUUAAGACAAUUGAUGUACAUAUUCCCAUAGCAUGUAAAAAAGCCCCUUUAAAAAAAAAAAAAAAAAAAAAUAGCUGAAUCAUACUAUGUGCUGUAAACAAAAUUCAGGCUUGUUUAGAUGAUCUACUGUAUUUCUACAUUGUUUUAAAUGUACUGAUUUUACACUGCCCACUUGGACAUGAAUUGGCCUCCAAGGGAUUUGUCGUUUUGCCUUUAUUCUAGUUGCAAAUUAAUGCUUGUGUUUUUACAAGUUGUGUAGCCUUUUGUAAAUCUGCUUAAAGUGUAAAUGUAAAAAAAACAAAACAAAAAUGUUUGUUUUAGUUGGGAUGUCCUGUAGAAAUGGCCCAAUGAUCUGCAUGCCACCGAGGUGGUGCAGGUGGAAAGGGCAUAGACUCUGGGGUCCACUGCCUCUCUUCUAAACCGAGAGGAACUGUGUGAUAUACUACAGCGCCUGGUUAAAUAUCCUUCAUUAGAUAACCGUCACUAAUGGUGUGGAAACAAUUAGCACACUCUAAUGGGAAUCUCAUACCUGUAAAUCAUUUUAUCCUGUUAAAGCACAUUCUCGCUCUGCUCCAGUCUCUUUGGCUCAUUUUCUGCCUUACACUGUUAAGUAGAAAUGGUUGAAGGUGCCACUGAAGUGGCAAUAGAGUUAUGGCCUGCGUUUUCUGUUCAGAAGUGCGAUACUCUACGCGGAAUGACAUGGAAUUAACCUUUGUGUCGCCCAUCUUUGAAAUGUACUUCAUUCGACCUGCACCGGGACACACUCUGAUUAUAUGAUACUGUUUCAAAAAUAAUCAACGGUUGAGAUUUCUUCUUCAGUGUAAUGGCAGGUGGAGGUUAUCUUACUGCUGCUUGUAUUUAUCAAGCACUGCACUGCUAACAGGAAGAGUAAUGCUGAACUGUUGUCUGUUAUGGUGAUGCUUGCUUUGUGCUUAUUGGGUUACUGUACAUUUUCAUUAAAGCGUUAACCACUGCA